GGAACAUUACGCAUUUACAACAUGUGUCUGUGUCAGCGUCCUUGAGGAAGUAGCGAUUCUCUGUAUUAAAAUGAGUGAAAUAUGUGGGUUUUAACAAGUUAAUCGUUGCAUAUAUUGUCGUUAGCUGGUAGAAAAAUACAUUUUUAUUUUGAAUUUCAUCCUGUAUAUUUCAGAAAAGCGUCAUUAUGUUUAUUUGGUACGCUAACCUGCAACAUGUUCGUUAGCCAGUUAGCUACAAAUAUGUAGCUAUUUCUACUAGUAAGCAGUAGUAGUAAGUCAAAUACACAGAUUAGUGUGCGAUGAUUUCCGCCUAAACGACUACUAAUAAAGAAGACUCAAGUAAUACUCAGCAAUGUCUCUGACUGGCAUGUUUUUUUGCAAGACCGCUGUACGUCAGUGGGUAAGACUGAACUGUUUCAAGACGCAUGGCUGUAUCCUGCAAAAUCUUAGAGCGUGUUCAUCUGGUAUGUCCAGAACUGAUUGCAUGGGCAUUGGACGUACAAUUAAAUCUCUGCACCGUAUGCUACAAAUACGGAGAACCCUGCAUGUUACACAUCAGGCGAUGUCAACAAACUUGCUUUCGGUUGAAGAGCUCUUCAGGAAGAAGUCGUUACAGCACUACCUGAAGGAAGUGGAGACCGAGUAUAGAGACCUUCUGAAAAGUGUCAACUUGCCAGAGACAGAACAAGUCGGAGAAGAAUAUAUGAAAUUCAAAAGAACAAGGGUUGCCAAUCUAGCCCCGCUGGUUGAGCACGUCAAAAAUCUGGAACUCAAACAGAAGGAAUACGAGGAAACGGAGGCUUUGCUAAAAGAUGAAGAUCCUGAAAUGCAAGAACUGGCAGAAAAUGACAGGAAUGCAUGCCAAGAGGCUAUACAGGAACUCCGGCAAAAGAUCCUCUCACGCUUGAUCCCUGUGGAGGAGCUGGACGAAAGUGACCUGGUCCUGGAGGUUUGUGCCGGUGUGGGAGGACAAGAGGCCAUGCUCUUCACAGCAGAGGUGUUUGACAUGUACCAGAACUUUGCCGCCUUCCAGGGGUGGCUCUUUGAAGUACUGGAGUACAUGCCAAGUGAAAUAGGAGGGCUACGUCAUGCUACUGCAAGCAUCAGUGGUCCACAGAGUUACAUGAAGAUGAAGUUUGAGGGCGGGGUCCACAGAGUGCAGAGGGUUCCCAGAACCGAAAAGCAGGGGCGCAUGCACACCAGCACGAUGACGGUGGCAAUCCUGCCCCAACCCACAGAGAUAACUUUCACAAUCAACCCAAAGGACUUGAGGAUUGAAACUAAGCGGGCGAGUGGAGCAGGAGGCCAGCACGUCAACACCACGGAUAGCGCGGUCCGAAUGGUGCACAUCCCCACAGGUGUGGUUUCCGAGUGUCAGCAGGAAAGAUCCCAGCUGAGGAACAGGGAAAAAGCCAUGCAGAUCCUGCGAGCCAAACUGUAUAGCUUGAAACUGGAGGACGAGACCAGCAAGAGAUACCAAGCCCGCAAAAUCCAGAUUGGCACCAAAGGAAGAUCCGAGAAAAUUCGGACCUACAACUUUUCCCAAGACCGAAUCACAGAUCACAGGAUUGGGAAGACCCUCCACGAUGUGAAAGGGUUCCUACUGGGAGAAGAGUUAUUGGAGGAGAUGAAUGAGGCCUUACAGCAGUUUGCUGAACAGGAAGCUCUCAUGGACAUUUUGAAGGAGCACACAUCAGAUGACUGAUUUUUAUGGGAAAUAAAAGUGUGUAAUAAAUAAAUAAUAGUUUGUAUUUAA